UAGAUAUGUUUCAAAGCUAGAAAGUAGAGUUGCAGCAAUGGAUGAAUCUAUUACUCUACGUAAGAGGAACUAUCUUGGGUUACAAGAGGUCAAAAUCAAACCAGUAUCCAAACACUUCAUUGAUCCAGAUUGAGGGAGUUACCACAAAGGAGGAAGUAGCUUGGUAUGCCGGCAAGCGAAUGGCGUAUAUUUACAAAGAUAAGGUGAAGAAGAAUAGCUCGCACUAUCGCUGUAUUUGGGGAAAGGUUACUAGACCUCACGGUAAUAGUGGUGUCAUUCGUGCUAAGUUCAAGUCUAAUCUUCCCCCCAAAUCUAUGGGAGAUAGAGUCCGAGUCUUCAUGUACCCCAGCAAUAUAUAAGGCAGGCUUUGUAAUUUAUGAUUUGAGGUGAACACUGCCCAGCAUGAAGUUAGUCAUAGGUUCUGCACAAUCAAUGACUGAAAAAUAUGCCAAGGCUGGAGCUGGAGAAAGCAGUUGUAGCUAUCAAUGGUAUUAUCAGAAUGUGUUAUAUUUCCUCAACAAUGUCUAAUUUGAGUUUAUAGAAGCAAUAAACUCAUGUAUUAAACAGUGGAUGUAGUAAACCCAUUUCAGUCUAAUUUCAAAGGGUUUUUGAAUUUCCAUUUUAGUAUAUAAAUUUUCAAGUUUAUUACUGUA